AUGGAUUUUGAUCAUCUUGCCGAAAAGAAGCAAGAACAGAAGGCUGCUGCUUGGUUGAAUCUUUGGUUGAGCUGGAGCCCAGAAAUUCUGUCUAUGCAGCUUGCUAAGAAGCAUCGACCUGGUGAAACUAUAUCUGCGUGUCUAUGGAGAAGUGGUGCUUUCAAUAUAUGCUAUCGGGUCAGAUAUGAUGAUGGUCCAGAUGUCAUUGUUCGUUUCGCUGCCCUUGGAAGGCCUAUUCUCCGCAGGGAGAAAGUCCAAAUUAAAGUUGCAACAAUGAAGUACAUACGCAAGCACACUUCAAUACCUGUUCCUGAAGUGUUCGGCUCCGGUAUCUGUUGGGCGGGCACUUACAUUCUCCUCAAAGAUCCUUCUUCGGGAGGAAGGCCAGUCCUGAACCCGCAAGUAAGCGAUCGGAACUUGAAGCGGGCUUAUCGUGAAAUGGCCACGCUUGUCCUCGAGCUGUCCAAGCAUGAAUUUGAUUCUAUUGGUGCGCUUGAGGAAAAUGAGGGGGGCUUCUUUGUCGCCAGGCGACCUCUCACCUUCAACAUGAAUGAGUUAAUGGUGUCUGCAAAUUUACCAGAAGCAGUUUUCCCUUCACACACCUUCAGGUCAGCCACGGACUACUUCAAGGCACUUGCUAUGCAGCACCUCUUCCAUCUUCGAUUGCAGGAAUGA